AUGACUUCUAAAAGACGGCUUUCGAGUAACAGUGAACAUAAAUCUGCUGUGGAAAGCUCGGUGCCCGAACACGCGGCAGAAAUCGCCGAGGAACUGACCAAGAAAGGAGACGAAUUCCAUGACCAACCGUUAACGCAUCAUGAUGCAGGCGAGUUUGCUCAACUCCAAAGGCACAAAACCACUGCCGAACAAGCAAAAAAGCUAGAAAGCGGCACGGUCAAUCCUUUUACCGGGUCUGCAUUCUCACCUCGCUAUUUCGACAUCUUGAAGAUAAGAAGGGAUUUGCCUGUUCACGCUCAAAGAGACGAGUUUCUCAAAAUUUACCAGGAAAACCAGAUCAUGGUUUUCGUAGGUGAAACCGGUUCCGGUAAGACGACCCAGAUCCCACAGUUCGUGCUGUUUGAUGAAAUGCCACAUCUAGAGAACAGCCAGGUGGCGUGUACUCAACCUCGUCGUGUGGCAGCGAUGUCUGUGGCCCAGAGAGUUAGCGAAGAAAUGGACGUGAAAUUGGGCGAAGAGGUGGGUUAUGCGAUUCGUUUCGAGAACAAGACCUCUAAUAAAACUAUUCUGAAGUACAUGACCGAUGGUAUGUUGCUAAGAGAGGCUAUGGAGGACCAUAACCUAAGCCGCUAUUCAUGCAUUAUUCUCGACGAAGCGCACGAGAGAACCUUGGCUACUGAUAUCCUUAUGGGUCUGUUGAAGCAAGUGGUGGUGCGGAGGCCAGAUCUGAAGCUCAUUAUCAUGUCUGCGACCUUGGACGCUGCCAAAUUUCAGAAAUAUUUCAUGGACGCACCCUUGCUGGCAGUGCCAGGUAGAACAUUCCCUGUGGAACUAUACUAUACACCAGAGUUCCAAAGGGAUUACGUGGAUUCGGCCAUUCGUACGGUUCUUCAGAUCCAUGCCACAGAAGAACCCGGUGAUAUUCUGUUGUUUUUGACAGGUGAAGAAGAAGUUGAAGAUGCGGUGCGGAAAAUCUCUCUUGAAGGUGAUCAACUGAUGAGAGAGCAGAACUGUGGGCCCAUUAGUGUCUACCCGUUAUACGGGUCUUUGCCCCCUCACCAUCAACAACGUAUCUUUGAGCCAGCUCCAGAAGCUGUUAAUGGACGUGCUGGAAGAAAAGUUGUUGUUUCAACCAACAUUGCCGAAACGUCUCUGACAAUUGACGGUAUAGUAUAUGUCGUCGAUCCAGGUUUUUCGAAGCAAAAGGUUUACAAUCCAAGAAUCAGAGUUGAAUCGUUGCUCGUGUCGCCCAUUUCAAAGGCUUCUGCCCAGCAAAGAGCCGGUCGUGCUGGUCGUACAAGACCAGGUAAGUGUUUCAGACUUUACACGGAAGAAGCCUUUCAGAGAGAAUUGAUUGAACAGAGCUAUCCCGAAAUUUUACGUUCCAACUUGUCUUCUACUGUUUUGGAAUUGAAAAAACUUGAUAUCAACGAUUUGGUUCAUUUCGACUUCAUGGAUCCACCUGCACCAGAGACCAUGAUGCGCGCCUUGGAAGAGCUAAAUUAUUUAGCGUGUUUGGAUGACGAAGGUAAUCUGACACCACUGGGCCGUCUGGCUUCAAAUUUCCCACUGGAUCCUAUGUUGGCAGUGAUGCUCAUAGGUUCUUCUGAGUUCCACUGUGCUGAAGAGAUGUUGACUAUUGUUGCAAUGUUGUCUGUGCCAAGCGUCUUUGUGCGCCCUGCUAAGGACAGGAAGAGAGCGGACGAUGCAAAGGCUAUUUUCGCGCAUCCCGAUGGCGACCACAUCACGUUGCUGAACGUUUACCAUGCUUUCAAGUCCGACGAGGCUUACGAGUACGGAAUCAACAAAUGGUGCCGCGAUAACUUUUUGAACUACAGAGCUUUGUCGUCAGCGGACAACAUUAGGGCACAGCUAGAGAGAAUGAUGCUUCGCUACAAUCUGCCACUCACUACCACAGACUACGAGGAUCCUCGUUAUUUCGACAACAUCAGAAAAGCACUAGCUGCAGGCUUCUUCAUGCAGGUAGCCAAGAAGAGAUCUGGUGGAAAGGGCUAUAUCACAGUAAAGGACGAUCAGGACGUUCUGAUCCACCCGAGCGCUGUGCUUGGCCACGAUGCCGAGUGGGUUGUCUACAACGAGUUUGUGCUCACGUCGAAAAACUAUAUCAGGACUGUCACGUCUGUGAGGCCUGAGUGGCUAAUAGAGCUGGCUCCUGCGUACUACGACUUGGAUAAUUUCAGAAAAGGAGAUGUCAAACUUUCGCUGGAACGCAUUAAGCAAAAAGUUGAGCUUGUGAAGGACAUGAACAGCGAUAAGAAGAAGAAGAGCAAGAAGAGCAAGCACAGGGAUUGA